GAGCAGUUGCGGCGUAUUUGUUUGUUUGUGUUAAGCUUUGCGAUGAAAUGCAAUAUAAAUAUCUAUUAAUAAUAAUAUUGCCCGCUUUUUAGAGGUAAUGCGCAAGUUAUUUCAAAAUUUAAGCGACAAGCUUCACAUCAGCAGCCGCAGCAAAAUGACGCAGCUCUGGCCCAAUCCGGUAGCUCAGUUGCCCAACCCAAGCGACUUUGCCAGGCAACAGUUGGCCAUUUGCAAGAAACUGGAUAAACCACGCACAAAGCCCGAUGCUGUUGAUUUGGAUAAGUUUAUGGCGGUUUCUGACAGCUUUCCCAUUGAGUUUGGCACCGACAGCUCCCGGGUGAAGUCGCAGCCGUUGGAGCGCCGCCAGCUGAUACGCCAGCAGAUAGCAUCCGCCUAUCCGAUUAUACACGAGCUCACACUGUUUCUCUACCUCGACUUUCUGGAGCACAAGCAAAAGUUCGGCAAUGCCCAUGAAUUGAAUGUUUAUCGGAAUCUUUCGCUGGUGGAAUUUGUGCAGCGCUUGCUCAGCAAGCGUUGUGUAUAUUUCUUUACCUCGUCGGACGCGUUUAUGCUGCUGGACGGCAGCAGGGGAGAAGGUGGCUUUGAGCGGAUCGGCACCAGCACAGAGCGUGCUCCACUUGUGCUCGAGAAUGUGCUCAGCUAUGAUGAAAUCAAGCUAUCGGCCUUGCUCUAUGCGUCCACGCACUCGGAAUUCAUUAAUGACGGCUCGCGCGCAAAUGCAGGCAAAGUGGAACCGGACAAAUCCAAGAUUGAGACCGAGGGCGUCAUCAUGGGCCUAAUUGGGGCGCGCUUCGAGCGUAGCAAUGUCAUGGAGUGCGAGGAUAUAUUGAUAACGCCAGAGCAAAAUACUGCAGACCGAGGCUAUGGAACCAGAGGCAGCGGUAAUCGGGCGCAGGACUAUCGUCGCAUAUGGCGCCAGUUCUAUGCGGAGCCCAAGGACUACUGCUACAAUGAUGUCCAGGCGGAUGGCAAGCGCUUCAUAGAGUUGGAUAGCAAGAUGCUGUUCGACAAGCUUGUUAUGAGCAAGCGCUACGCCAUCAGCUUUGAUACGCUGCUACUGGAGGCGGAAGCACGCGCCGCCAGGGCAGGCAAACCGGCGUACAUACAUGUCGUGGGCAUUGGCCUGGGCGUAUGGAAGGUGUCGCCGACGCAGGAGGAGAUCUUCUUCGAGACUUUUGAGCAGCGUUUGCGUGCACUCAGUCCGCGUCUGACGCACAUUGGCGUCGUGCACUUCUCCUGGUUUCAUCUCGACAAAUGGGGCGGCUUGCAUGAUGGCGCCUGCAUAACGGAGCCCCAACAUCCGCAGGGCGGCAUUAAGGUGCACAUCUCCGUGCGCAAUCCGGCCGACAAGCUAACGGAGAACAUGCUGCCCAUUGUCACAUACGCCUGGGAUGGCAACGCCCUGCCGGGCAACGAGUACUGGGCGCAAAUGCUUGUUGGCACUGGCGAUCCGGCAGCAGCGUGCUCCACGCUCAUAGCCGAGCUCCAGAAUCCGCACAUUAACGCGGACUAUAUGAACGGCAACAAUCUGCACAUUGCAUCCAUGCAACACGGCGUCCUCCAUAUUGCUGACUAUGCAAAGACGGUGCUCGACUACGGCAGAAGGUCCGCGACUUGAAAGAGACACAUAAACGAUUAUUGUAAGCCCCGCCAAGUAGAGGAUGACUGCAUUUGUUAAUCGUAUAUACUUUAAUCUAUAUAUGCAUAUAUAUAUAUAUAUAUCUAUCUAUCUUUAUUAUAUGCUCAUCUUUGUCUAAUUUGUGUAAUUUACGCUUGAAGCGAAGUAGCACGCAGAUCUGUCUUUUGUUUAAUUGCAAAAUGCAUCUAAAAUAUAUUACAUAUAAUGAUUA